AUUUUCGACUCUUCCCAUUUCGUUCUCCCGCAGACACGAUCUCUGUGUCCACCAUGGCCGCCGCCAUGAAGAUUCCCCUCCAGUCGAGCACCGCUCACAACGCCGCCCUGGGAGCCGCUGCCGCUGUAGGAAAGAAGACCAUCGAGCAGAUCUACCAGAAGAAGACGCAGCUGGAGCACAUCCUCCUCCGCCCUGACACCUACAUUGGAUCCGUCGAGAAGCACACCCAGAGCCUCUGGGUCUUCGAGAAUGGCGAGAUGGUCUACCGUCCCGUCACCUACGUCCCCGGCCUCUACAAGAUCUUCGACGAGAUCCUCGUCAACGCCGCUGACAACAAGCAGCGCGACCCCUCCAUGGACGCCGUGAAGGUCGUGAUCGACGUCGAGGCCAACCUAAUCAGCAUCUACAACAACGGAGAUGGUGUGCCAAUCGAGAUCCAUCAUGAGGAGAAGGUCUACGUGCCGGAGUUGAUUUUCGGCCACCUUCUUACCAGCAGCAACUACGACGACAACGUCAAGAAGACUACCGGCGGGCGAAACGGGUACGGUGCCAAGCUCGCCAACAUAUUCUCCACCCAGUUUGUCAUCGAGACCGCUGACGGGCGGAGGCUGAAGAAGUACAAGCAGGUGUUUAACGAUAACAUGAGUGAGAAAUCUGAGCCCUCAAUUACGAAGUGCAAGGAAGGGGAAAACUGGACUAAGGUCACUUUUAGGCCAGAUUUGGCCAAAUUCAACAUGGCGCACCUUGAAGAAGAUGUGGUUGCUCUCAUGAAGAAGAGAGUAGUUGAUGUAGCUGGAACUCUCGGUAAAUCUGUCAAGGUGGAGUUGAAUGGACAACGAGUACCCGUGAAAAGUUUCUCCGAUUAUGUCAACCUGUACCUUAAGUCCGCAUCAAAAAAUAAAUCUGAACCACUUCCAAGGAUUGCAGAGAAGGUAAAUGACAGAUGGGAAAUUUGCGUCAGUCUAAGUGAAGGGCAAUUCCAGCAGGUCAGCUUUGUAAAUGGUAUAGCCACAAUCAAAGGUGGAACUCACGUUGAGUAUGUCACUACUCAAAUCACAAAUCACAUAAUCAGCAUAGUGAACAAGAAAAACAAGAAUGCUAACCUUAAAGCACAUAAUGUGAAAAGUCAUUUGUGGGUUUUCGUCAAUGCACUCAUUGACAACCCUGCCUUCGAUUCUCAAACCAAAGAAACCUUGACCACUCGACAAGGAAGCCUUGGGUCGAAAUGUGAGCUUUCACAGGAUUUCCUUAAAAAAGUUGCUAAGUCCGGAGUUGUAAACACGCUGCUCACAUGGGCUGAUUUUAAGCAAAGCAAAGAAUUGAAGAAGACAGACGGUGCCAAGAGGCAGCGAAUUACAGGCAUCCCUAAGCUUGAGGAUGCUAAUGAUGCUGGAGGAAGGAACUCAGACAAGUGCACACUGAUAUUGACUGAAGGAGAUUCAGCCAAGGCUCUUGCUAUGUCUGGCAUCUCGGUGGUAGGCAGGAACUAUUAUGGUGUGUUUCCACUAAGGGGGAAACUGCUGAAUGUCAGAGAAGCGAACCACAAGCAAAUCAUGGACAAUGCUGAAAUCCAGAACAUAAAGCAAAUUCUUGGUUUGCAGCACGGAAAGGAGUAUGAUAGCGCUAAAGGGUUGAGAUAUGGCCAUCUAAUGAUAAUGACAGAUCAGGAUCAUGAUGGUUCCCACAUCAAGGGACUGCUCAUUAACUUUAUCCAUACAUUUUGGCCUUCAUUGCUAAAAGUGCCCUCUUUUAUGGUUGAAUUCAUAACUCCACUUUUGAAGGCUACUAAUAAUAGAACCAAAACUGUCCUCUCAUUCUAUUCCAUGCCCGAAUUUGAAGCGUGGAAAGAAAGUCUGGGAGGAAAUUCAAAUGGUUGGUCAAUCAAGUACUAUAAGGGGUUAGGCACGAGUAAAUCAGAAGAAGGAAAAGAGUACUUUAGAAACAUAGGCAUGCAUAAAAAGGAAUUCGUAUGGAUGGAUGCGCAGGAUGGUGAAUCGAUUGAGUUAGCAUUUAGUAAGAAAAAGAUUGAGGCUAGAAAAAAUUGGCUUCGCCAAUUUGAGCCUGAGAAUUAUCUCGAUCAAUCAGAAACGCUCAUUAAAUACAGUGAUUUCAUCAACAAGGAACUGAUUCUAUUCUCCAGAGCUGAUCUACAAAGAUCAAUACCUUCAAUGGUUGACGGCUUGAAACCAGGCCAAAGGAAAAUUUUGUUCUGUGCAUUCAAGAGAAAUUUUGUCAAGCAAGCCAAGGUUGCCCAGUUCAUUGGCUAUGUCUCCGAGAACUCCGCCUAUCAUCAUGGCGAACAGAGCCUUGCUACUACCAUAAUUGCCAUGGCCCAAGAUUUUGUGGGGAGUAACAACAUAAAUCUUUUGCAACCUGAAGGGCAAUUUGGCACCAGACACCAGGGCGGCAAAGACCAUGCAAGUGCAAGAUACAUUUUCACUUGCUUGGCUCCCAUCACUAGGUUUUUGUUCCCAAAGGAUGAUGAUAUUCUUCUGGACUACUUAAAUGAGGAUGGGCAAUCAAUCGAACCCUCUUGGUACAUGCCAAUCAUCCCUUUGGUUCUGGUCAACGGAAGCGAAGGGAUUGGAACUGGAUGGAGUUCUUACAUUCCUAACUACAAUCCAAAAGACAUUGUUGCCAAUGUUAAGCGAUUGUUGAACAAUGAACCAAUGCAGCCUAUGGACCCCUGGUACCGAGGAUUUAAGGGUCGUAUAGAGAAAUCCGCAACGAAGGAAGGUGGUUUGACCUACACAAUAACCGGUCUCAUAGAGGAAAUUGAUAGCACAACACUCAGGGUAACGGAGUUGCCCGUUCGUAGAUGGACCCAGGAUUACAAGGAAUUUCUCGAAUCUUCGAUGACUGGGAACGACAAGAUCAAGGAACCCUUCAUCAAGGACUACCGGGAACACAAUGACGACAAAACAGUACACUUCGAGGUUUCUGUGACUGAGGAAAAUAUGAACAUUGCGCGGCAAGAAGGGCUUGAGAAAAAGUUUAAGCUGACAACUACCAUUAGCACCACCAACAUGCACCUGUUCGAUUCAAAAUCCGUCAUUAAGAAAUAUGAUAGUCCCGAGCAGAUUCUUGAGGAGUUCUUUGCACUGAGAUUCGUAUAUUAUGAGAAGAGAAAGAAAGCGCUGCUGAACAAUCUUGAGUUGGAUCUGCUGAAGUUGGAUAACAAAGCGAGGUUCAUCCUGGGCGUAGUUCGAGACGAGAUAGUAGUCAACAAGCGAAAGAGAGCAGAUUUAUUCCUCGAGCUGCAGCAGAAGGGCUUCACUCCCUUCCCAAAGAAAACAAAAGGCAUCGACGCUGCUGUUGCGGGAGCCAGCGAAGAAGAUGGAGAACAAGAAGAAAGCCCACAGCCAGGAAAGGGCGGGGCCCUAGCCAGUGACUAUGACUAUCUGAUGUCUAUGAGAAUCGAUUCAUUGACUGAAGAAAAAGUGCAAGAGCUUUGUGCGCAAAAAGAAAAACUAGAAGCCGAGGUAGAUGAGUUAAGAAGAACAUCUCCUCAAACUCUAUGGUUGAGGGAACUCGAUGCAUUAGAAGAGGAACUCGAUAAACUCGAUCAGAAGGAGGCUGAGGCAGAGGGAGCGAGGAAGGAAAUGAGAAUGAAUCACAUCGCCGGGGUUGCACCUUCUAAACAAGGAGCUAAGAAGCCAAGAAAAAAUACCGCAAACAAAUUAUCUGUUAGUGCUACCACUACUGAUGCAGGAGGUCAGAAGAAAUCCAAGAAAGCUCCCGCUAAAAAGCAGCAAACGGUUGAAGAAAGUGACGAAGAUGAAGAAAUACUUGCGCUGAAAGACCGACUUGCUGCCUACAAUCUUGAUUCUUCCCCUGAUAAUGGAGCCAUGGAAACUGACACAGUGGUAUCAGACCAAGGAAAGGCAAAGAAACAGCCCAGCAGAAAUGCUGCUGCAAAGAAGGCAACUUACGCCCUCUCGUCUGAUGAGGACGAUGAACCUGAGCAGCAACAACUCCUCAUGCCGACAAUCGAGGAAGUCGACGACGUCGUCGAGGAGGCAUCAGUGAAAGCAGUUAAAGGGCGAAAGCCUAAGAAUGAAACUGCCAAGGCCACCAGGAAGAGAGGUCCCGCUCAGGCCAGCAAGGCGACUACUACUAGUCAGAAGGUCAGGAAAAUGAGGGCCUCUCCUUUCAACAAGAAAAGUGGAUCCGUGUUGAGUAAACCAAGGAAUGAAGACUCGAGCAGCAGCUCCUCGUCCAACGACGCGACAGCGGCAGCAGCAAGGACUCGGCCGAAGAGAGAAAGCAGAACCAAAGCUGCUGUGUACGUGGAGAGUGAUUCGGAAGGGGAAACCAACGAGGUGGAAGAUGAUGAUGAUGAUGCGACUGAGGAUUCUGACUUCCAGGAUGAAGAUUAAUUCAUCUUCUAUCUCUAAUUACAUGCAUGCACGCUUAGAACUCAAGCUUACUGGUGUUGUUAACUGGGCUCGAUCCAUGAAAUUGCCCUUUGAAAGAAGCAAUUUUAAAUGUUGGCAGAUUUUCAGUCCCGAUAUUCAAAUUA